AUGAAGUCUGUUGCUGUCCUCGCCAUGGCCUCUGUUGCCGCCUCAGCUGCCGUCACCCCCAUCUCCUCCGCUGCCACCACUCCAGCUGCCAUGACCACCAAGACCAUCUACGACACCCAGACUCACACCGUCACCUCCUGCGCGCCCACCGUCACCAACUGCCCUGCCGGACCUCACGUGACCGUUGUGACCGUCCCCGUCACCACCACCGUCUGCCCCGUCACCCAGGACUUCUCCCUCUCGACCGUCUACCAGACCCAGACCUUCGUCGUGACCAAGUGCCCUCCCACCGUCACCAACUGCCCCGUCGGCAAGACCACCACCUCGGUCGUCCCCACCGUCACCGUCUGCCCCGUCACCUCUGCCCCCUCCGGCCCCAAGAGCACCAACGCUCCCGUCGUCCCCGUCCCCGGCGGUUCCAACAGCACUGCCUCUGGCGUUGCCAAGCCCACUGGCAACCCUACCUCCGGCGGUACCAGCCCUACCUCGCCCUCCGGCCCCAUCAGCAUGGGAACUACCGCCUCCGUCUCCAGCUUCCUCGCCGCUGCUGGUGUCGCCGUCGCCCUCUUCCAGCUCUGCUAA